CAAUGGUCAGGAUUUUAAACAAGUAAUCUCUUAGCACCAAAGUUGAUGGAGCAUGACUUCUUAAGUUUUAUAUCUUGGGACUGAUGACCACACCUUUGUAGUGAGGCCUGAAGCCUGUCAGAAGGAUGGACAGUAGCUUUCCUAAGUGCAGAUUCUCCUAUUUAUAGAAAUAUAUGGGUAUUCUCCAGGAGGAUAAAGCAGUCUUCCCAUUCUGCCUGUCUUCACAAAAGUUAUGGUACCUAAGCUUUUUUAAAGGUGUCUGCUCCUUUGUCCCAUGUGGCUGGAAUGGGCCAACACUUCAUCAAGUUAUAGGGUGAUUCCAUUGGCCUCAUUUCCAUAGAAAGCUAGAUGGGAGCAGGUAGCCAGGGGUAAGCUUCCAAAACUCUAUUUCAAGGUGAACCAGAAGCAAAGAAAAAGACACAGUCUUUUCAUUGCAACACUUAACCUUCCUGGUACCUGCCUCCUGAGUGGGGUCCCAAACCCUUUAAUGGCUCCAGUUUGAGGGAGGAGAUGGGCAUUGCAAAACUGGAUUGGAAUUCUGCACAGGAGCAGAUAGGGAACAGUGUCCUGGGAAGCACUUAGGGAGUAUAGACCUCAGUUGAACACAGGGUUUUUGAGAUCUCAGCCAUGUGCUUUGUCACUUGGGUUAUUUCAUGGAUGUUCCAAACUAAUAGGUGAACUUUAUAGUCAGGAUCCCAGUCUGCAGUUUAUAUACCUGCCUAAGGAAUUCAAAAAUUUAACUGGGACAUGGGAAACUGAUUUGAUUUGGGAGAAAAUAUUUACUAAUCAAGGUUUGCAAUUGUCAGUUUUCUGCUGGGUUUUAAUUUGCAAAGCCAGAUGUCUCAGGUCACUUUAAUCUUCUUGCAGAUAUGUUUCCAGCAUUGUGUUUUGAAGAUAAAAGAUUUUUUUGUGUUUGAAAUGAGAUGUUUUAAAAAUGAGAUGUAUUUGAAAAGAAAUGUGUUUCUUGCAGGUAGCUUAAAAAUGGAUGCUCACAAAGGAGUUCAGACAUCAGGAGAGCUCAAAUGUGAGCUGUGUGAUUUACCAGCACCGUACACAUACUGUGGGUGGAUGCCACUAAACUCACAGUCGAUUGUGCUUUUGUGAGAGGCCUAUGUCAUGAAGGAUCCUCUCACCCCUGACAAGGAACUCCUCAUUGUUGGGUCUCAUUUCAGUUUGUGUAGCAGAGCAGUGUGUGUUGGUACAGACUGUAGUCUGUUCUCCUCCAAAAGUUUCUGCCUCCCUUGCGUGAAGGAAAACCUAAAGCCCUUUCCUUUGGAAAUACAAGACAUGGAUAAAAGGAAGCCCCAGCAGAAAUCCUGCAAAAAAAACGGAUACAAAGCAUAAAUCUUGAAGGACCAAGAGAGACAUUUCUUUGGCUGGGGUUUCCCCUCUCUCUGCCUGGAGACUAUCAGGUUGCUCCUUUUAAAGAAGUGACCUUCAUCAGCUCACUACUACAGAGAGCAGCACAUUUCCUUGCCCUUGGCUUGGGUUCAGAUAUCCCCGUGCAGCGCCAGCCACACCAGGGAGCAGCUCUGAGGUGCUGAGGAGCCAGAAAGGAAGGCAGAUGACCCUUCUGUCACCAUGUGAAAUGCUUUCAGUAAGAAACCAGACUGCACAGAGCACAGGAACCAUGUCCAGAUUUUCACAUUUGCUAUUUUUGUGCUUUGUGUUGUUCUUGACACUCCUACAGUGUUAUGAAAUUCUGAAACAGAUUGAUCUAUCUUAAUUCAGUAUAUACCCAAAAAGUCAGUGUACACCAAUUGUUAAUCUGGCAGUGCUGUCCUGGUAAGAUUACAUUAGCCAGGGAAUUUAAGGCUUUUUUUUUUAAGUCUAAAAUAAAAGUGCUGUGAGAAAAUGUCAUAAAUAUAAUACCUAAAUUUUUCAAUAAUUUUAAUGCUAUCACAGCAUUGAGACUUGAGACUCUGAACGUUGGUGCUUCUUUAAUCAAUAAAAGUAUUUACAAGUCCCUUUCACUUGCAGUCACUUUUCACUUAACCUUCCAGUCCAUGUCAGCACAGCAACUGUACAGGACUCCAAAUACAUUUGGCUCAUAAAUGUAAAUAAAGAUGACUUCCUUUGCACUUUCAAAGCAGUUAAUGUGGAAAUAGAAGAGUUCCAUUAAUACACUCAAUUUUUUCCUGAAUCAGACAAAUAAACUGUAGCUGUAAAAGGGAUGUCAGAAACACAGUUUCAGGAAAAAAGGCUAAACAUCCUUAUGAAAACAGCAGUUUGUAUAGCUCAAAAAUCAGUUAUCUGAUGAAGUUACUUCUUCAGUUAUCUGUUUUGACUGUCUUAAGAUUUAGGUGGCUUUUAUGUAAAACCAGAAUCACAUGCCUUAAGGAUACAUCUAGAACACUCCCUAACCACAAAAUCAUCUUUUUUUACUCAAAUUAUUGUUAGUCAUUGCUUCAGAACCUUCAGUGCCUUGGUUAACAUCUCCUUUUUCCAACUCUGCCAUCCAUAUAAUUUGUAAUAGGACAACAUCAAAAAUUGAUCAUUUCAGUAGAAUGAACAUGUGUCCCUUAAAAGAAAUCAACAUGAUUUCAAAGAGAUGUUUAGGACAUUUAAGUAUGCUAAAAUCUUUCUUUUUUCUGAACUUAGCAUACUGGUGCCCUCUGUUCAGGACUGAAAUUUCUUGCAGUGACUGGAGGAGCAAAAAUGGACCUGUUAGUAACGUUUUCAAGUCUUAAAUGCUUUAAUAAAUAAAAUGUUUGUGUGUUUCUAAUUGUGGAAGAAAAGAUCCCUGUUAGGAGGCAACAUUUCAGAUUCUUUUUUUUUGCAGUUACAAAAGACUACAUUUUCAGGGAAAGCGAUACUAAACUUAUAUAAGAUGGAUGGUAUUAUAUUUCAGUUACAUGUUAAGAACACUGUUUAAAAGCUGUGGUGUGUCUGUUCUGUAUAAACACCAGAGGCAUGUCCUGUGCUACACCAACAACUGAAGAGAGCACUUUCCCACCUUGGAAAUACAGUCUUAAAAUCAAGCUGCCAAAGCAACAUGGUUAUGUAAGAUCACAGGAUACGUUUAUACCAGCAAACAUACCUUGAAAUAUUUUAUUUCUUGGAUUUUCCAUUGCUCCUGACAGAUUGUACUCUUAAAAGCAGGUUUUAAUAGCCUGCCUAGUGCAGUUCCCGUGUGAGAAUGGAAUCUCGUCUCUCUGACGUUUUCCCUCUGUUCAGCUUCCUCUGUGCCCUUUUAAGACAAAUGCAGUUAUCUCAUUUAUUCAUAACCAUUAUCUUUGCCUUUACAAUGUGACUGAAGAGUCAUUUAAAGCCCUCAGAAAUUGCCUUGCCUUUAAGUACUUGUUAUGUUGAACUGGAGGGAGAAAAAACUCAGUAUUAAAAGGGACCAGAACCUCAGAACAGAACUACAGAAUAUUUAAUGGCUCAGUACAGCUCAGUUAUUUAUUGUAGAGCAGGAAGAACCAAGUCAGGGAUGCCUCUGCUUCAGAGUUACCUGGUUGUGAAGACCUGGUAGGUGCAGUAAAGUCAGCAGGUACCACAGAGAGACAGCAGAUGUGUUCUGGCAUCUCUGGUCUAUGCUUUAGGGAAAGGAGAUGGCCCUACAUGCCACUUGGUACUUCCUGGAAUGACAAUGGAUUAUUAUCUGUGCCCAGCUGUUAGAACUCAUAUAUUCCACAUUCUUGUAUUUCCACUGAACAUGAGCAUUAUGGUCUCAGUAUCAUCAUAUUUUAGUAUGUAUGUGAUUUGACAGCCUGAAUGAUACCAUGCCCAACCUUUCCUGCUCUUCAUGGAGGCACAGCCUUUACAGGUUGUUUUCAUUGGGGUCUCUAAGGACUUUCAACAUCAGGUCUUCCAUGCUCCUGAGCACAGCUGAUGAAGAAACCUGAGUCUUCUCUGUAGUUUUCACUUCAGCACUCUCUUACCAGCUUAAAAUAUCCCCAGAUUCUGGAAAGGAAAACAGCUACCUGUGACGUAUUUCCCUGACUGGUUUAAUUGAAGAUAUCUUCAUUCAAUUAGUCAGUGCUGCACUUUACACAGAAGUUCACUUUUUACUUGUUGAAUUCCAUGGAUGUUUCAAACCAGCCAUACAACCCAUGAGAAUUUGAAAGAUCACAGCUGGAUGGUGGGUCAGCACCAAACUUAGGUUAUAUAUAUAUAUAGAUAAAUCCGUAUUAAAUGUUUCUGAGUAUGUUACACACCCACUCCUGCUUCAAAAGGUGUCUAACAAUACUCAGGGAAGCAUCAGUACUUUAAGGUGCUUCAGUGCUUUAAGGUGCUUAAGUGCUUUAAGGUGCUGCCUUUUGAAUGUCACAUUGCAGUGAGUUCCUUUCCUGGAGAUAAAAGAUCAGCACAAAUCAUUAAAUUCACUUUUAAAAAUACUUUAUUUUUUUAAAACCAUUAAGGCAAAACUGUUUCAAAUUAAGUUGGUUUACAUUCAGUCUGAAAGGAUUAAAGCACAUAGCUUCCUACCAGUCUUUAUACAAACACUGUGAAUUCAACCUUUUAUUUUUAAAGAAGGCAGAAGAAAAUCAGAAUGUAAAAAAGAAAAAAAAAAUAUUUAGUUCAAGUUUUUUCAUCCUAGAUCAGUAGGCUGGUAACGCUUGAGAAUGCAUCGUUGUAUGUAGCUAUGUGCGACUUAAAACAUUCACAAGUGCAAGAUAUGUUGUCUUUCCUAAAAAUCCCUGCAAGACCAGGGCAUCCAUUUGUCCUUGAAAGUGUCAUUUGCAUUGUUCUAACAGAAAAACACUUGGGAACUUGGCUUGAAUUAGU